AUUUCUGUACAAGAGUCCUCAGCAAAGACUUAUUUUAUGGAGUUGCAAAAAUAUCUAUAUCAAGCCUUAACCAAAGAGGCCAAGGAAGGAGUGUUGCCGCAAAGAGCUGCUGCUAGACAGAAGUUGUCAAGGUUGAAUAACCUACAAUUCCAUGAAUUGGCUACUGACGUUUAUGAUGAACUAAUAAGAAGAACAAUGGACACUCACAGUAACAUCAAUUACUUACUACAAAGACAUACGAUUCUAUAGUAAUGAUAACUAGACUGAAGGAAAUUUCUUUAAUCUAGACUCUUUUUUAUCUAUGAGGGGUGAUUUCCAUCCACGUCGGAAUCAAGCACGACAAAAGCUCGCUACGUUGGUCGAAACACGAUUCAAAGAUUUAGCCAGCGAUGUCUAUCAUGAGUUAAGACGACGAUAUCCGCAUGUCGAUAUAAUGGAUGAUUUAGCCAGUGUGGGUACAACCGCAAGUACAGUAAAACCACAAGCAAGUCAAUCAACCAAUAUUAUACCUGUGAAAGGAACGAUGAAUGUAGAAACACAAGUGAAUUACUCUUCGGACGAUGAUACUGGGAGUAACGGGCACCAGUACUCACCAAAGCAAAAUCCACAUUAUCGUCAUCCUGAUUUGCCAUCACUAUCAUCUUCUACCACGACGACUGCAACUACCUCUGCGCUUAUACCAGAGCAAGACAACAAUAUACAAUCGUUGGAUAGCUUGAUGGCCGAUUUAGGCAAUAUGGUGAAGACGCCCAAGCCCAUUCUGGACAAUAACACGGAUAUAGAGACGAUGAAAUACGAAUAUGAAAUGAAAAUAGCGGCUAUGACAGAGAGAAUCAAUUCAUUAGUGUCGCAGCAGAAACGACAGACUUCAUCAACAGAUCUAGAAAAUUACAAAGCAUUAGAAAUCAAAUAUAAUAUAUUAAACAAAGAGCAUCAAGAUCAGCAAUUGGCAGUUCAAGAAGUUAAAUCGGAAAUGAAGCAACUCAUCGGGGAAAUUAAGACAUUGUCUGGUAAAAAUGAGACUCUAAGGAAGCAAAACGAAAAAGCAGAGAAUGAGGUGAAAAGGUUGACACAAGAGGUUAAAUCUUGGAAGAGGAAGUAUGAUACAAUCAGCAUGGAAUUGCGAAGUUUUAAAGGGGCUACUAGUACUACUUUAGCUGAGAAUGCGUCCAACCAUUAUCAUGCUGAUGUGACAGAAGAGCUAUUCAUCCAACCUAUUUCGAAGGGUGCCAUUCCUCAUCAGCAUAUUACUGACUACCAAUCCGCUAUUAACGACUUGAUCCAUACAUCGCACUACUCCAAUAACCCUUCUGAUGUUCUUUUAUCGAUGCGUCAAAUUGUCAUGGCAUGCAAAUCAGUCACUACUUCUGUUGAAUACCACGAGCGUAAAAUAGGACUUCCUGACACAGACCAGGAAACACUCUACGGUAUCAAGAAACGAUUCUCACAGGCUUUGAAUCACUUACUAAUAGCGACGAAACAGUAUGCAGCGGGUAUGGGGAUCAGUCCAGUCAGCUUAGUGGAUGCAGCUGCAGGAAACUUGUCAGUCACUAUAGUGGACUUGGUUAAGUUGUUAGGACUAAAGUCAAUAGUAGCAGAAGAAGACGAAGGCAUAGUAACCGAGAGCAAAACAAAGAUGAACGAUAGUAAUCAUAUUAGAAACGACGAGACGAUGAAUAAGGAUUCAGAAGGGGAGCAUUCGGUUCGAUCACUGUCUGUGAAUAAAAUAGUACCCCCGAGACGUAAUCCUAGCCGGAAUAAUAAGAAUCCUGCAGAUACUCAGCAUGAUGAUGGUAGCAAGAAUAGUAGUACUAGUGUUAAUUAUAAUAAUAUGAUGGACAUUGACGUAUUAACUCCUCAACAACUAUCGUCCUUUCUUAAAACGGAGACAGAGGAAAUCGUCUCAUCUGUUCAGAGUCUAUUGAUAGCACUUCGAUCGAAUGAAAAUCAACAGCAUUUAUACGAAAUAAUAACGUCAAUCACUCAGACUGUUAGCGACAUUGUACAAACCGCCAAACAUACUCUCAAUGGAAAAGCGGUAACACUCACCGAAGAGCUUCAGCAUCAAGGGCAAAUUAUUUUGAAUGACCUGUAUCGAUGCAACGAAAAGAUUAUUCAUAUCAGAGACACAUCAUUCAAAAAUGAUUUAGCAACAGAUGCUGAACAAGGAGCUACGAUAAAUUCCAUGGUGAAAAGAAAUCUGGCUCAAGAAGCUUACGAAAUUGCUAAAUUUACAAAAGACUUGAUAGGCUUGUUGGAACAAAACAAUACUAUUGAAGAAGAAAUGCGAACAAUGACUGUAUAAAGCAUAUCAUAUAUACCUUUGCCACUUUAAAUUAUGUAGUAUUAAUGUAAAUAAUAUGAAUAUAACUACCCUUAUCUAAAUUUAAUUCUUUCACUACAUAUAAUGAAAGGGUUCAUGAGUAUAUUGUUUAGUAGCAGAUUGUAACAAGUUCAUAUUCAGCAUUCAUUCAAGCGUAUGGAAUGUUAAUCAAAAGUACUAGAAUAAGCUGGUGAAACAUGAAUCCGUCAAAGCAGUUAUUUUCUUUUUCUCUUUUUCUUGUCAUAAAAUCAACGAGUGGUCUCUUCUCACAUCAUCUACCAUUAGAAAUAAAGGAUACUGUGCGUAUUGCCUUAUAUGAAGAAUUAAAUAGAAGUUAGUAUUUGCUAGAUCAGCGCCUGUAUAAUCAGCUGCUUACAAAAC